UCAGGUCAUUGUUCAUGUAAAGAUUGUUGGAUAAAAUCACUUAAAAAUAAAAAAGAAUGUAUGCAAUGUAAAACUAAAGUAAAUUCAUUCAAUGAACUAUCAAGAGUUAGACAAAUUGAAAGGUUAUUAUUAAAAAUUUGUGCAAGUUGUCCAUAUUCAUUCAAAAAUAUUACUAGAGUAGAUGAAAGUGAAAAAUUAAUAAAAGAUAGUAAUGGAUGUAAUGAAAUUGUUAAAUUAGAAGAAUUAGAUAGUCAUAUUGAAAAGUGUAGUUAUAGAUUUGUAAAAUGUAAAUAUCAUGAAAAAGGAUGCAAUGAUAAUAUCAGGUUCAAUGAAAAUGAAACUCAUAUUUCCAAAUGUGAAUACCAACCAUUAAUUUGUAAAUAUUGUUAUGAUUUUUACUUAUUAAAAACAAUCGAGCAACAUUAUCUCGAAUGUCCCUCGAUGUUAAUAGAAUGUAAAGAAUGUAACCAAAAAAUAAAAAGAGAAGUAAUGAGUAAACAUAUAGAUAAAGAAUGUGAAGAGUUAAUUAUCCCAUGUAAGUUUUCACAAUUUGGAUGCAAUGAUAAAAUAAAAAGAAAAAAUUUAGAAAAUCAUUUAGAUCAAACAAACCACUCAAAACAUUUCAGUACAGCAAUAGAACAUUUGAUAACAACAAUAGAAUAUUUAAAAAUUAAAAAUAAUCAACUUUCAAAUAGUAUUGAUGAACUAACUAAAGAUAAAGAAAUUUUAAACAUUAAAAAUAUUAAAUUUUCAAAUAAAUUAAAAAAUUUAAACAUUAAAAAUAAUCAACUUUCAUAUAGGAUUGAUGUAUUAAAUAAAGGUAGAAAAUAUAAAAAUAAUUGGAUUAUUUCAAACUAUUCCAAAAUUAAAGUUGGUGAUUAUUUGAUGUCUCCUGAAUUUGGAUAUGAUCCAGAUUUUUUUAAAAUCAGAUUAUUUAAAAAAGGAUUGUGGGACCCAAAUAUUUAUCUUCAUUGUGCAAGUGAACAAAAAAACAUUAAACUCACAAUAACUUUAUUAAAUAAAGAUAAUAAAAAGAACCACUCAUGUUCUUUCUUUUACGGUAAGUAA